AUGGAUAAGGGGCAGUUUACUGACGGUGACAGGUUCGGACAUGAGAUGGGCACAUUUUUAGCAGGACAGGACGACAGGGUCAUUGAUGAGGAAGGUGAUUUGGACGCGAUCUUAGAGCAAUGUCGCGGCCGUGAUUAUGAUAGUGGGGUAGAGAAUGAAACAGAGACUGGCACACAGGUCGAGGCGGCAGCAGAAGUUUAUAAUCAAACGAACGAGGGCAGACAGGGGCCAGCUCGGUCACAUCAGAGGUCUAGCGCCCAGGUGUCCAGAGUUACAUCGCCCAUGUUUGAAGACGGUCACAAAGGUGACAUAAACCCUAUACUGAGCUUCCUACGAUCAAUGAAAGAAGAAGCUGACGAACAGCGUAAGAAGGAGAAGGAAGAAGCUGACGAACAGCAUAAGAAGGAGAAGGAAGAAGAUUAUGAACAGCGAAAGAAGGACAAGGAAGAAGCUGACGAACAGCCUAAGAAGGAAAAGGAAGAAGCUGACGAACAGCAUAAGAAGGAGAAGGAAGAAGAUUAUGAACAGCGAAAGAAGGACAAGGAAGAAGGUGACGAACAGCGUAAGAAGGAGAAGGAAGAAGCUGGCGAACAGCCCAUGGCUAACCCAGUCUCUGGAGUUUCAGUGAGGCGUAGUGAGAACUCGGAGGCCGUGUCGUACGGCGCGCACAUCACUGCCAUCAAUAGCGGCGAGCAGCGAGACAUCUGA